AUGGCUACCGAUCCGACGCGAUACAAGCUCAACCACUCGAUGCUCCGGGUCAAGGAUCCCAAGCGAUCGGUCGAGUUUUACGAGUUCAUAGGCAUGAAGCUUAUCCAGAAGCUGCCGAACCCUGACGCGAAGUUUGAUCUUUAUUUCCUUGCAUACGACAGCCCGAAAGCUGCGUCGCACGCGAACCACUGGACCGACCGCGAGGGCAUCGUCGAGUUGACUCACAACUACGGCACCGAGGACGAUCCCAACUACAAGGUCGCGAACGGCAACCAAGAGCCCCACCGCGGUUUCGGCCACCUCUGUAUCUCGGUCGACAAUCUCCAAGCUGCGUGUCAGCGCCUUGAAGAUGCAGGAUACAAGUUCCAGAAGAAGCUGACGGACGGAAGGAUGCGUCACAUCGCCUUCGUUCUGGACCCUGACGGUUACUGGGUGGAGGUUAUCGGACAGAAGCAGCUGGAGCAGACGGAAAAUGAGAAGGAGACGGACGUUGAGACAUACCGCAUGAACCACACUAUGCUUCGUGUCAAGGACGCAGAGAAGUCUCUGGCCUUCUACAAGGACGUCAUGGGCAUGCAGCUCAAGCGCACCUCGGAGAAUGAGAAGAACGGCUUCAACCUGUACUUCCUAGGAUACGGCGCGCCAGCGAACGACUCGGCACCACAAGGCGUAAGCGCGACUGCCGAUCAGGAAGGUCUGCUCGAGUUGACGUGGAACUACGGCACCGAGAACAACGCCAGCUUCAAGUACCACAAUGGCAACGAUGAGCCGCAGGGCUUCGGACACAUCUGCAUUUCAGUCGACGAUCUGGACGCAGCAUGCGCACGUUUCGAGGAGAAGAAGGUCAACUGGAAGAAGAGGCUGACUGACGGCCGCAUGAAGAACAUUGCGUUCGUGCUGGAUCCCGAUGGUUACUGGAUCGAAGUUGUGCAGAACGAGAAGCUGAAGACACGAUCCAACUGUAAUUCGAAAUCGGUCCUACCCUCCACCUCAGCAUUUGCUUUCAGCAUGGCUAUCGAGACAUACGACACCCGUCCCAAGAUUCUCAUUCCGGAGAAGGUUUCCCCGGAUGGUCUGGCCUUGCUGAAGACGCAGUUCGAGGUCGAUGAAAGGAAAGGACUAAGCCCACAGCAGCUACAAGAGAUUAUCGGUCAGUAUGAGGCAUUGAUCGUGAGGAGUGAGACCAAGGUCACAGCGGAGCUUAUGGGGGCCGCGAAGAAACUUAAGGUUGUUGCAAGAGCUGGAGUGGGCGUGGACAAUGUCGAUGUUAAGACUGCUACAUCGCUUGGCAUCAUUGUUGUCAACUCACCGAGUGGGAACAUCAAUGCCGCGGCUGAACACACGAUCGCUCUCAUGAUGUCUGUUGCCCGUAAUGUGGCAGACGCGAGUCAUAGCAUCAAGGCUGGAAAGUGGGAGCGGAGCCGGCUCACGGGUAUUGAAGCCAAAGGCAAGACGCUAGCAAUUGUCGGUCUAGGAAAGGUCGGUCUCACUGUGGCCAGAAUCGCUAAUGGCUUCGGCAUGCGGUUGAUCGCCUAUGAUCCAUACGCAAACCAGAACCUGGCAGCAGCAGCAUCUGUGACCUUACUGCCCAAUCUUGCCGACCUCCUCACGCAAGCUGAUUUCCUGACUCUCCACACUCCACUUAUUGCAUCCACCAAAGGCAUGAUCUCCAAAGCGGAGCUCGCGACGAUGAAGCCUACAGCUCGGAUCCUGAAUGUUGCAAGAGGAGGUAUGAUCGACGAAGAUGCACUCGUAGAGGCACUAGACGCUGGCACAAUUGCGGGUGCGGGCAUAGAUGUCUUCACGUCCGAACCCCCAGAAGCCGACUCAUCAGCAAGCCGCCUAAUCGCCCACCCUAAAGUCGUUGCAACGCCACAUCUUGGAGCGAGUACGAAGGAAGCCCAGGAAAACGUCUCAAUCGACGUCUGCGAGCAAGUUGUUUCUAUCUUGUCCGGCGAACUUCCCCGCUCCGCAGUCAAUGCGCCCAUCAUCCUCCCUGAAGAAUACCGCACACUCCAGCCCUUCGUCACGCUCGUCGAGAAAAUGGGUUCCCUCUACACCCAACACUAUUCCAGCAAAGUCAACGCAGCAAGUUUCCGCACAACCUUCGACAUCACCUACGAAGGCGCUCUCACCGAGCUCAAUACCACUAAGCCUCUCUUCGCCGCCCUGGUAAAAGGUCUGCUUUCACCCAUCAGCGAAAUUCUAAACAUCAACAUCGUGAACGCGGAACUAGUGGCGAAGGAACGCGGUAUUCUCAUCAACGAGCAACGCAGCCGCGAAAACGUAGACGACAAACCGUACUCGAGUUUCAUCACACUGCGCGCAAGGGCAAGCCGCUCGUCGUCGCAGGCGCGACAGGGACGCUCUGCAAGCCCACUUUCGACGCGCGUUCCGCAGACUACACCUCCAGCUACAGGCCAAGCCCAACUCAACCCCAAUUCCCAGCCAGCUACUGCUAAAGAGUCGUCCGAGCAGGUCAUCCAAGGUUUCGUGUCCGGCAACAAGCCCUUCAUCUCUCGUCUCGACCGGUUCAGCGGGGAAUUCGUCCCGCAAGGCACACUGCUCAUCUGUCGGAACUUCGACUCUGUGGGGAAAAUUGGGUAUGUAGGUAACCUAUUGGGAAAAGCAGGGGUCAACAUCAAGUUUAUGAACGUUGCGCCGCUGCAUGAGGCGGAUGAAGCUGGUGAGGCGCAGAAUGGAAACGAAAGCAAAGAGGCGUUGAUGAUAUUGGGGGUAGAGGGUGAGGUUACGGAGGAUGUGCGCAAGGGGCUGAUUAGUCCGGAGGGUGCGUUGGAGGCGAGUCUGGUGGUACUGUGA